UGAUUUACAAGGCACAUUUCAUUAAUUCAAAGAAACAGAAAAAAAUAAACACCUUUCUGGAAAUAUGCUCAAUAACUUUCAAACAACUCAUAACCGAGAUUACGGCUGGCAAUUUUUAAGUUCAGAAGGUUUGAAAAAGGAUUCUCAUGUCUCACGAUGCUUCGACUAUCUCGCAGAACCAAGAAAAUUUCCACGUUUCGCUGAGUCGACCUAUACUGACGAUUACGGCCAAAAGACUAAUAUUCCUCAAAUUCCAGUAAAGAAAACAGAGAUUCCAUUUGCGAGUCCUUUUGGCUGUGAUCGAGGACGUCAUCUAGUAACAACAACCCAGCAAAACUACGAUGGUCGAAGAAUGGACUCAUACCAAGGAAACAACUUUCAGAAAAGCCAUUGCAGAUGUCAUGCGUGGGACGAAGAUGCCACCUCUUUAAUGGACACUACUACUGAAGAACCUUUGGAUAUAUUAACAAGCAUUGGACCUGUACCCGGAAUUCAGCGAUGUCGAGAGACACUACAGUGGAAAACAACGUACAUGAGGGACUAUGUCUAUGACCCAACGCCAAAACCCAGCUUUCCUUUUCCAUAAAGGAUAUUCAAGCAGAUAUAAGAUGAGGAAUGAUGAUUGUAGUGCUCAUGAUCAUGCUCAGAAAUUUCCAUUAUUCCAAGUACUUCAGCCCAUUAUUCGGAAUCUACUGUUGAAUUCUCUAAUAUUUUCAAACAAACUUGUAAUCUUGCUUUAGCGAUGAACUGUAAACAUCAUUAAAGAUUUCGAACCAGUUUUGCUGUAUAAGUCUAUUAAUUAGAAUGCUACUAUGAUGUUUCCAGAUCAGUUUGAAAUCAAGUAUUAUCGUUGUGAUAACCUUCAAAUACCAUUAAAUAUUUAAAAAUAAGUUUUAAUUCCUUUAUUGAGAACAUUCAUUAUUUACUACUGGACUUUCUGAUAUUUACGAAUAAAUCUGAAGUCAUAUUUUAUCAUUAUAAUAACCAGUAAACAUUACAAAAAAUUUUAACGAAGUCUUAAUUAAAUGCCACAAGGGUUCUGUAUAUUGCAGCAACUGUAAACAUUUUUUAAAUGCAUAAAUUGUCAUCAUCUUUGUCAUUAACAACACAUAUAUAAAUGUUUUGAAAAAUGUAACUUCCAUGUUUCCACCAAUCAGAUUUUUAGAUGCAAAUUAGAAAACUCCUACUGAAGCAAUAUGACUGAUUAAAUAUCAGCUUAAAGGGCCUUAAAUUCCAUAAAAAUUACGAAAAUGUCAAAGCACCGUAUAGCUGUCAAACAAUAGUUAAAGUUGAUCAUUAUCUAAACUUUAGUUAAAAUUUUCUAUAUAGCUGCAGCAUCCUACUUUCUAAUCCACUGGCUUUUAGUCCAGGAAGGAAAUUU